UGCCAUGGGGCUGGCGCUGAGGCUGGGGGUCCUGGUGCUGAUCACGCUGGUCGGCCUGGGGCAGGCGGACGAGGCGCCGAAGGUGGAGGUGUACUCCCGCAGACAUGCCAACCCUGGAGAAGAAAACGUCCUCAACUGCUUCGUGAGUGGUUUCCACCCUCCGAAGAUUGAAAUCUUGCUCCUCAAGAAUGGGAAGCCCAUGAGCAACGUGCAGUACGCAGACAUGUCCUUCAACGACAAGUGGUAUUUCCAGCGCCUGGUGUACGCCGAUUUCACCCCCGAGAAAGGCGAUGUCUACUCUUGCAGGGUGGCCCAUUCUGCCUUCAGAGAGCCGCAGUUUUUCCGUUGGGAUACAGACUUCUAAGCUGUGUCUGGGAUAAUCAUGGUCUGAAAAAUUCUGCCUUGCAAGUCAAAAAUCUUCUUGAGCUUCUGUCCUUUCUUCACAUCUCACUUGUGGAUAAGAUGAAGAACAAUUGUUCAUUGCAGAAUUCCUUCUUUAAUAAAGCUUAUCGUUAAAAUAUCAUUUACCCAAAGCAGUAUUUGAGCUAGGCUUUUCUUUUUUUUUUUUUUUUGAGCACAUAGCUAUAAAAGUCUGCAUAACCAAUUAAAAAACAAUUGUAGCUCUUCAGUGCUCAUGAGUUGUACAGGAUUUUUAUCUAAAUAAAAUUGGACUACUUCA